AUGACUAUUCCUGAGGAAGUCGAUAUCAUCAUUUGUGGUGGCGGCAGUUCAGGAUGUGUUCCUGCUGGUCGUCUCGCCAAUCUCGAUCACAACCUCUCAGUGUUGUUGAUCGAGGCAGGUGAAGACAAUCUAAACAAUCCAUGGGUGUAUCGCCCUGGUAUCUACCCUAAUAACAUGAAACUCGACUCCAAGACCGCGUCCUUCUAUCAUUCCAGACCUUCCGAGCAUCUGGAUGGACGCCAGGCUAUUGUUCCAUGUGCCAAUAUUCUCGGAGGGGGUAGUUCAAUCAACUUCAUGAUGUAUACCAGAGCCUCGGCCUCGGACUACGAUGACUUCCAGGCAAAGGGCUGGACAACCAAAGAGCUUUUGCCAUUGAUGAGAAAGCAUGAGACAUAUCAGCGCGCUAGCAACAACCCUGAACUGCAUGGGUCUGACGGUCCCAUCAAAGUCUCCUUCGGCAAUUAUACCUACCCAAUCAAGGAUGACUUCCUUCGCGCUGCGGAGUCCCAAGGAAUCCCAUUCACAGAUGAUUUGCAGGACUUGAAGACUGGUCAUGGCGCGGAACACUGGCUGAAAUGGAUCAACCGCGACACAGGACGACGAAGCGAUGCCGCCCACGCCUACGUCCACAGCACCCGAGCCAAACACACCAACCUCCACCUCCAAUGCAACACCAAAGUCGAAAAGGUGAUCGUUGAGAAUGGCCGUGCCGUCGGAGUCGUCACGGUCCCCACCAAGCCCCUCAACGGCGGCGAGCCAGUGCGCAGAAUCUUCAAAGCCCGCAAGCAGAUCAUCAUCAGCUCUGGCACAAUGAGCUCACCACUCAUUCUCCAGCGGUCGGGCUUCGGUGACCCUGAGAAGCUGCGCCGGGCGGGCGUCAAGCCUCUUGUCAAUCUGCCUGGAGUGGGUCGAAACUUCCAAGAUCACUAUCUUACCUUCUCGGUCUAUCGUGCGAAGCCUGAGGUCGAGUCAUUUGAUGACUUCCUACGUGGCGAUCCGAAGAUUCAAAAGAAGAUUUUCCAAGAGUGGGACAAGAAGGGCACUGGUCCAUUGGCGACUAAUGGCAUCGAUGCUGGUGUCAAGAUUCGUCCCACACCGGAGGAAUUGGGAGAGAUGAAGAAGUGGCCGACGCCAGACUUUGUUGAGGGAUAUGAGUCGUAUUUCAAGAACAAGCCCGAUAAGCCUGUUAUGCACUAUUCGAUCAUCUCAGGUUUCUUUGGCGACCACAUGCAUAUGCCGCCCGGCAAGUUCUUCACCAUGUUCCACUUCUUAGAAUACCCCUUCUCUCGUGGCUUCACCCACAUCAACUCAGCCGAUCCAUAUGAGGUUCCCGACUUUGACGCAGGCUUCAUGAACGAUAAGCGCGACAUGGCUCCCAUGGUGUGGGGAUACAUCAAAUCCCGCGAGACAGCUCGACGCAUGGGCGCGUACGCCGGCGAAGUGACCUCAAUGCACCCUCAAUUCGCGUUCAACUCAUCCGCUCGCGCAAGCGACAUGGAUCUUGCAACUACGAAGGCAUACGCCGGUCGCAACCAUAUUUCUGCGGGCAUCCAGCACGGAUCCUGGACACAGCCGUUGGAGGCAGGCAAGCAGCCUUCGACAUCGACUCUCAGCUCCAACAGACACGAAACUCGUCCACCCCUGGAGUACAGUGAUGAGGAUAUCAAGCACAUUGAGAAAUGGAUUCAACGUCACGUCGAGACAACAUGGCACUGCCUUGGAACCUGCAGCAUGGCUCCACGAGAAGGCAACUCCAUUGCUCCACACGGAGGUGUUGUCGAUGAGCGGCUGAAUGUUCACGGCGUGAAGGGCCUUAAGGUUUGUGAUCUGUCGAUUUGUCCUGACAAUGUGGGCUGUAACACGUUCAGCACCGCUCUUCUUAUUGGCGAAAAGUGUGCCAUGCUUGUGGCGGAGGAUCUGGGUUAUUCCGGCGCUGCGCUUGAUAUGAAGGUUCCUACCUAUCAUGCCCCGGGAGAAUUCUCCAAUCUUUCUCGUCUCUGA